AUGCCUCGUGGCCGUGAUGAUGGUUUGGGUUGGAACCCUGAUGCUGUGGAGCCAAUGGAGCUCACAGAACCUACAGAGCCCAUGGAACUCACAGAACCCAUGGAGCCAAUGGAACUCACAGAACCCAUGGAGCCGAUGGAACCCGCAGAGCCCAUGGAAGAAGGGGAACAAGAAGAAGAAAUGGAGCCACGAAGAAAGGAGAUCAAGAUUCACCGUGUUGGCAUGGGAAAAGGCUACGGAUCUUCAGCAAGCAGUUCAGCUGAAGGAAGUGAAAGUGCACCAAGGUAUAUGCCUCCAAAGCCGAAGAAGAAGCCCGAACGACCAGUGGUGGAAGGAAGAGAUUACAUUCCCUUGGAAGGGGGAGAACCAGACGGGCCAGUGGAGAUCGGGAGUCCUAGUUCCUCUAGCCCCGAAACUACAAUGGUGUACCAAGAGGCACCACCUACACCAAGAAGGGAGCCGAGAACACUUUCGUCUGGGCACAUCGCCUUGGAGCUGCAAGAGCAGCAAGUGUCUGCUGAGCAACGCAGGAACCAGUUCGGUUUCCAAAGUCAGGAGGGCCACCGCCACCAGCGGGCCCAGAACCAGAGCAAGCUCCAGAGUGUCCACCGCCAGGAGAAGAACGAGCUCCAGAGUGUCCACCUCCGGACCCAAUGCCGAGUGGUACGAAGCUUCCUCUUCACACGCUGGACGGGGAACCCAGCAACGCAGCAGUGGCGGAACACAUCCGCCGGAAUGAGGAAGAGUAUGCUGCAAGACGUGCCGGUGCAAUUCCUUCAGGAGACGAAGCAAGAGCCAGGGAAUCCAAGGAAUUUGCUCGUGGAGUUGCAUACUUUCGAGCCAGGUACGGCCAGCGAAGCCAAAGCAGUGGAACAGCGAGUUCCAGCCGAGACACGGGGCCUGGGACCCUACAACCCAGGACGGGACCUGGGACCCUACAACCCAGGAUGGAAGAUGCGAGAAAUGAGCCAGGGAGCAGUUCCAGAGGACCACCUCCGAAGGAACGACCUGCUGGAAGCAAGGCGCCACCUCCAGAGCCAAAGGGACCACCACCGAAGCGAGGGGGAGCAACGCAAGCCACUACGCUCUACCCGAAUUCUCCUUGGAGGAGAGCAGAAAGGAGGAGAAUGCGAGAAAGGGGCGAGGAGCCAAACCCUGGAAAUGAGGAAGAUGAAUGGGGAGAUUGGUCAGGACGAUGAGGUCGACUACCAGAAGGAGAAAGCAGAGAUCGACUACCAGAAGGAGAAAGCAGAGAUCGACUACCAGAAGGAGAAAGCAGAGAUCGACUACCAGAAGGAGAAAGCAGAGAUCGACUACCAGGAGGAGAAAACAGAGAUCGACUACCAGGAGGAAUCAAAAUUCUAUGGCCUAUGUACAAACAAGAGCCUCUACUCCGACAAGACUAUGAAUGGAACAAGAGAUCCAUUGGUGAUGUGGAUUUGGACCAGUAUUCCAGGAGCAAAGAACCUCUACGACCCCAAGACUAUGCAAUUCGAUUACAAUGGAGCAAUGGCAAUGAUGCUUAUGCUUGGAGCGCUUGAGCAGAGGGGCACGGAGAGAUCACUUGCGUUCGUGUGCUUGUGUGAGAAAACAACAGAGAGGUUGGAGCAACAAGCAAGCAGUUCGGAUGAUCUGAACCGAAGGAUUGAAAGUGCGACAAAGGCGAUCAAGGCACCAGAUGUUUGGAACCCACAAGCCUCGGGAGAGCAUCCACCGGAUUUUACAACCUGGAAACAUCAGUUUCUGAAUUGGCUAGGUUUUGCCGAUUCGCAGUACUCAGAAGCUCUAAGUAUGAUUGAAAGUCUGGGAGCAACGCCGAUCGAUGUUUCGACUCUCACUACAGUGGAGAGAGAACUUUCGACAAAGCUUUACCACAUACUGACUUCGUAUAUGCGGGGAGCAGCAACGCAACUGUCUCGAAAUUGGAGCAGGGAGCGAUGUGGGUAUCGUCUCUAUCAAAGUUUGCUUUGGGAAUACCAACCAGCCACCAAACAACGAGCUCUAACCCUCAGUCAAGCGAUUGGGAUGUUUCCCAACUUCGAUGGGGCCAAGAGCAUGGUGGAGCAGAUUGGUUCACUGGAAAACCUUGUUCGGGAGUACGAGAUCGCUUCAGGAAAGACCUACGAUCGAGAUUUGUUGAUGGGAGUUUUGCUUCGAUGUUCACCGAGGGCGAUUCGAGACCACCUUACUUUGACAAUGCCCGAAGGAACAAACUACAUGUCAGUGAAGCAAGCGAUUCUUUCAUACGAGCAAAGCAGCAAAACUUGGGAUUACCAGACGGUGUUGAAGCAAAAGACCUUGCAGAACACAGCGAGCAGUUCGAAUGCAGAUCAAGGACCAGCACCAAUGGAAGUGGAUGCAGUGUACGAGAAAGGAGGAGGAAAAGGAAACAAAGGCAACAAAGGAAACAAAGGAGGAAAAGGAUCCUACUCGUGGUCAAGCUUUGGAGCAGGAUUUCGCCAAUGGAGAAAAGGUGGACGAAAAGGAAGCUACAAAGGAGGAAAGAAAGGACGAGGCAAAGGUUUCCACAAAGGAGGAAAGAAAGGCGGAAAGAAAGGUGGAAAGCAUGGCAAAGGAGGAAAGAAAGGUGGAGGAAAGAAGUUGGACAGAGAUGUUUGCCGAUUCUGCAAGCAGCGAGGACAUUGGGGAAACGAGUGUCCAAACCGCAAUGUUCGAGAAGUGCAGGCGAGCGAGGCCAGCACCGAGGUACCCCACUCGACAGUCGAGUCUGUUACUCCGUCGCAGAGUGCGAGCCAAUACAGGAUAAGGAGAGUGAGGAACAUUGAUUUCCAUCACAUUGCGAACACACCACCUGACGGCACAGAGCACUAUGAGCUUAGCGAAGUUUCAGAAGAAGAAGGUGAUUGGUUCACCAGAAGGAUAGAGGUGCAAGGACCAGAGUGCUACUACAUCGGGGAUGAGAGUGAGAACAAACAAGAUCAUGAGAGUGAUGAGCUGUAUCAAUGGUAUGAAAACAGCUUGGAAAGAGUUCAAGGAGGAUUGGGACCUCCAGGAGGAUUGGAACCUCUGAAUCAAGGAGGAUUGGAACCUCUGAGUCAGGGAGGAUCGGAACCUCUCAAUGUGCGAAUGGUCCAGUUGGACACAAAGCAACAUGUGGUGAUCUUGGAUUCAGGAGCAGAUGUGAGUUUGUUACCACGAAGAUUGUCGGAUGCAGGCGUCGAAGUUUCGACCCCAACCUCUCUGAGGUUGCAAGACGCACAAGGGGGUGCGAUGCGAGUUGAAGGUAUGCGGCGAGCAGUUUUGCAGUUCAGUAGCUGCAGUGUGACUGAGGACUUUGUGUUGUCGGACACCAAUAACAUCUUGCUGUCUUUAGGAAGGCUACUCAAAAAUGGAUGGAAGUUUGUGUCAGUGGGAUGCAAACAGCGCCAGGGGGGCGAGACCUGGGGAGAAGAAACCCAGGCGGGGGAACUUGUAUCUCCCGAUGGUAAGGCACGGGUGCCUGUGGAAUACCAGAGGAAUAGCUUGAGAUUGACAGCGGAAGUUAGAGGAGUCGAGCAAGUCAGGGCAGUCAAGGUGACUUUGGCCUAUGACUUUGGUAAAGUCCCAGAGAAGGAUUGGAGCCUUCUACCGAAUGGAACGCCAGUCCAUCGCCAUUUUGGACUUGAGUUUGUAAAGCCGCCGACAGGUACUUGGAAGUACAGGACCACCAUCGUGAAGGUGGGCAACGAAUGGGAAGUGAUUGAAGCAACGGAAUUGCUCGAGCGAAAAUCCGACUUGGAAGAUCGAAUACCGGGAUUGCUUUUUCGAUCAGAAAUUCUCACAUUCUUGCACAGGACACCAGAGUAUCUGGACAAGUGCUUGGUAGAAGAGGUAGCACCAGAAGAAGCACCAAAGGAGGAAGAAAAGAAGAUGGAAGAGGAGCCAGAAUGGUUUGGAAGAGAAAGAGGAGCUCCAGAAGAGUUGCAGGUGCCAGUGCCGAAAGGAGUUGUGAAGCAGCAAGGAAAGGCAGGAGGACACCAAGAGUUGGAACUCGACAUGGGAAGUACUAUUGUGGUGAAUGGAGAGUCACUCACAGCAACGAGUGAGAUUGAGAAGCUGCGAGAAGGUUGUCGGUAUUUGGGUUUGAGCGUCUCAGGGUCAAAGGUGAAGAUGUUCAGGAGACUGUGCAACUACCUCACCGAAGACAGAGAUGAGGACGCAGAAGAAGUUGCAGACAGGCUGAGGAAGCAAAGGCCCAAAGCAAGAACAAGACCCGGAGUGCCCGAACCGACAGAAGCAGAGAUUGAAGAGCAUAUGGCAACCCACAUGCCAAUGCAACCAUGGUGUGAUUUCUGUGCAGCAGCAAAGUCGAAACAGGACCAUACCCCACAAAGCAGUGAAGCAAAGUAUGAAGACCCAGGAAAGCCAGUGAUCCAGAUGGACUUCAUGUACAUGGGUCAGAACAGUGUGAGUCUGAUCAUUCUUGAUUCAUGGACUCGAUUUUCGUGGGCGAUUCCAGUGCCGGGGAAAGCACCGACGAAGAAGUUGGCCGAGAAAGUGGUGAAGUUUUCUCUCGAGAUGAACUACAUUUCCGAAGAAGUUCUGUUUGCGAUUGAUGUGGAGCCAGCGACAACAGCCUUACUGGAUUUGAUUGUAGCAAUACGACAAAAGUUAGGCUACAAGGCUGGAAAGUAUCCAAACAAGCCCUACCACAAAGGAAGAACAGCGAGAGUGGAACGCCACAUUCAGAACCUCAGGAGACAAAGCCUCACGAUGAUUGAAAUGGUCGAGGAUCGGAUUGGGGAAAAGAUUCCUGAAGAUCAUGCUUUACGAGCGUGGGCAAUUCACCACGCAGCAUGGUUGUUCAACAGGUACCACCUACACUCAGGGACGCAGAGUACAGCUUUCCAAUUGGUCUACGGGAGACCAUACCAAGGGCAGAUUUUACCCUUCGGAGAGUAUGUGUUUGGUCUGGCCAAGCCUGGAGGAGUGAAGAAUCGAUCCUUGUGGACAGGAGGAAUAUGGGUUGGAAAGGACGACCGGGACAUGGACGUGAUUACAUCAAAAGAUGGGAUCUUUACGUCAAGAUCUGUGCGGCGCACACAACCAGCGUGGCGCGCACGUGCAAAGAGAAAGAAGGAGGAGAAAAUGAGCCAGAGCCAGCAGGAGAUGAAGCAGGCGGGGGACAAAAGAGAGAAACUGAAGGAGAAGAAAGAGAGGAACCUGCGAAAGCUAGUAAAACAGCAGAUGCUGAGGAAGUCUAUUUCCACCGUUGUACGCCGGACAGGAAAAGCUGAACUUGACAAACUCGCCAACAUGAAGGUUGUGAAGACGAUCAAGAAGGAAGAGUGUUCAGAGGAAGGACACGCAGCAGUGCGAAUGAUGUUUCUUUUUCAUCUCAUCUACAAUUGGGAGCUUACAGUUCUUGACAUUCGUGACGCAUUCUUGCAAGUCAAGCAGAAAGCUCUGAUGUAUGCUGAUAUCUCACCGUGGAUUCGAACACUACUUGGUUUGGAUGAAGACCAUGUAUGGAAAGUGGAGAAGUGUCUGCCAGGGCAAAGAUCAGCGGCAGAACAAUGGUUUACCCAUUUGGUUGAGAUUUUGAAGCGUUUGGGAUUUGAGCAAUUUGUUGGGAUACCCUCAAUCUUGAAGCACCGAGUGAAGAAGAUUGCAGUGUCGAUUCAUGUCGACGACGAGCUAGUUGCAGGUGCGAAAGGCGAAGGAAGAUGGCUGAUAUGCGAGCUAGAGAAGUUUUUCAAGCUCACAGUUGAGGGACCGUUCCCAUCCCACCGGGGAUCGGGAGAACAGCUUCAUUACCUGAAGAGGACCUAUGAGUUCCUUGAAGAAGGAAUUUUGGUGACAGUGUCGAAGAAGCACUACGAGAAGCUUAGAGGACUCUACAAGCUGGGGAACCGAAAGCCAAGACAAACCCCAGAGCACCAGCUGAUUGGAACAGUGGACAAUUCCAAAGAACUGGAGGAGAACGAGUGCAAGAAGUUUCGUUCAGCGUUGGGAACACUGUUGUACAUUUCCCAAGACCGAUGGGAUUUACAGCAUGUGACGAAGUGUUUGGCAAGUAAGAUGUCGAAGCCAACGGAACAAGCGUUAACCUGUUUGAAACAAGCUUUGCUCUAUGUGCAAGGAACAGAGCAACUGGGAUUCCUACUGAAGUACACAAAGGUUGGAAACAAGAUGAUGGAUGCGAAAGUUACUCGUGGAGAUCCGGAUGGAUUCAAGUGCGGGAAGACAAUGGAUGAUGCGAACAGGAGAUUUCUCAUGUACCAUAUUGGAGCCAUGGUGUGGAAUGGAGAAAGUCAUGAGCGUUAUGGGAAAGAAGAAGCAAUGGAACAUGUGGCAGGUGAAGUUUGCCGAAGCCAAGUUCGAGCACUACGUGCAACUUUGUUGAAUGAGCGAGGAAGCAAGACGGCUAGAGCGAUGUACUUGACAAUGAUGGUGAAUAUGAUUUCUCAGAUUGCAGGACAGCCAGACGAUUUUGGAGGACGAGAACGAGAAGAACGAGAAUUUGUUUUCAUCUAUGUGAAGGAAGUGAGUGGAUGGAUUAUUCUUUUCAGUGUGCUACUAGGAGGAAUUUUCGCUUUACUCUUGUUCUACAUGGUCGAGCAGAAGGUGAACGAAGGACGACAGGAACCACAGGAAGAAGGACCACAGGAACCACAGGAAGAAGGACCACAGGAACCACAGGAAGAAGGACCACAGGAACCACAGGAAGAAGGACCACAGGAACCGCAGGAAGAAGGACCACAGGAACCGCAGGAAGAAGGACCACAGGAACCGCAGGAAGAAGGACCACAGGUUCUUGGCCUUGCCGCUCCGCUGUGCCUGAACUUUCUGGGAGGUGUCAAGCCCGGCGUGUAUGCACGGCGAACGGAACGCGUGCGGGAGUCCUGCCGAUAUUUGUAUGCGCUGCUCAAAGACAACGAGCUCCUGGAGGAGUGGCAAGAGAUUGUUGGCAGAGACCUGGUGGGCCUCACUUCCGUGUGGUUCUUGAUCUGUACUUUGAGGGUUGCAUCAACUUUGCUGCACGAAACCUCGCGGGCGUCGGUGGCCUGCAUGGUCGGCUUUGUCGUCUUCGCGUCCGUGCUCACCGCAGUAGGCUUCGUGCUCAUCGCCACCUGGCGCGGGCUGGGCCUGCGAGUCCAGCGGUUUACCGACCCUUUCAGAGAAAAGGAGGUGAACCUUGCAGUUGUGCAAGGCGAGUGGAGAGAGCUGGGCGCUUGCAUGCGCUCCAUGUCGCACGCUUUACAGGUGUGCAUCGUGGUAUUGGCACUGGCUGUGGGCACAGGAUUGAUCGCAGUGGCUUUUGACGUGCUCAGUGACGGGUUUGCCUUGACCAUGCUUCCGGCUGUGCUCUUCUUGGCACUGCUAACAGCAACUUUGUUCCCCGCGGCGCUUGCAAGCUCGGCGUGUUCGCGCUUUCCUUCCUUCGUAGCAAUCUAUGACCCCGGCCCGGAGAUGGCAGAGCAGUUCAUCCAAUUUGCAGACUUCGUCGCAAUGACCGAUUGCGGAUGCUUCCUCUGGGACACUAAGCUCACAGCUGGCCUUCUCCAGCGUGCGAUGUCCAUCACCAUAGCAUUGGCUGCAGGCAUCUACCGCAGUGGGGUGGGAUCCUGGUAA